AUAGACAGGAAUGGUGCUUCACUGUUAUUUCUCUUCUUUUAAUAACAAAAAACAACACUCACAAAUGAAUGAAAAAAGUUGAUUCGUUCUCUUCUCUGCCGGACUGCAAUGGAUUUCCAUGCCCCGCCGCCAUCUCCUGUGGCCACUGCCAGGCGAACGUCCUCGCUCUCCAACGACGACGUUUUCCGCCGAUUCUUGGAGACCUCUCUCCGUCUCCCCAACAUUAACAACAACCACCAAAAGCCGCUUCCAAAGGUGGACUUCCCCUCCUUAGGUUCCGACGAUGCUCUUCGUCACGUCAUUUCGGACUCUUUCGCAACUGUCGGAUGCUUUCAGCUGCUCAACCAUGGGAUUCCACUGGACGUGAUCGCGUCGCCGGCGGAAGCUUCCAUCUCAAUUUUCCAGGUGCCGCCGGAGAAGCGAGGCGGCGUGACGAGGUCAGCGGAGAGCCCGUGGGGUUUCGAGGAAGAUGACGAGUUCGUCUGGGGAAGAGAUAAGGAGUUCAACCUCAGAAUGCAGCAAGUUUCGGCAGCCGGAUAUUCCAAUUUCAAUAAGAAGAUGGAGAAUCUUGUGGCCAGGAUAGAGAAGGUGGCCGAGAAAAUUUUGCAAGUGAUAUUCGAAGAUUCUCCCCCAAAAGUUGCAGACUCUGUGGAGAUGAUUGGUGGGCAUGAACGUGGGACAGUUUGUUCUGUUUAUAAGCACUGCUCUGAUAAGACGUCAGGACAAUGUGCUAACUCUAUAAACUAUGAUGUGAUUAGAAUGGUGAUGAGGGGAAACCGAUACUCUCAUUGCUUGUGCUUGCAUCUAUGUGGCGGGUCUUCUGAGUUUCAGGUUUACUCUAAGAAAGGUUGGCUCUCUUUCUUUCCAGAAAAAGGAGCCCUUGUAAUCACCGCCGGAGACCAAACUCAGUUGACCUCCAAUUAAGCAGCUUUGCAUUGCUUUGUUUCAGAUGUUGAGUGAUGGGCAGUACAAGCACGUGAUUGGAAGACCAAUAUUUAAAGGGCAGAAAGAUGACUGCAUUUCAAUGGCUUUCCUAUAUUCACCGCCAAACAACAAGACCAAUUUUCAAAACAGUGGGGAAAGAACUAUUUCACUGGGCUUGCAAGUCCUAUUGGCCAUGAUUUUGACCCUUGUGUGUCAUGUCCUGAUUUGUCUAAAAUUUUCUUUAUGUUGUCCUUGUUAUUGAAUGCAAAAUAUAAUUGUUAUAUUCCGAUUUGAAAGGAGAUGAGUGAAGAUUUUUAUACAAUGCAGAAAGUUGAACCUCAAACUGACUCUAUAUGACCCAAAAUUUUAGCACCAAAGAAGUCUGUCCAUAGUCUGCUGGGCAAAAAUGCGCAAAGUCCAGACCAGAAUUGUACCCGUUACCCGUCGUA